CCUACCGGAAGUAGAUUUACACAGGAAGUGGUCAGAUCAACAACACAGAUCAUUCGAUUCAUUGUCCAAAACUUUACCCAUCGCAAUAUGACAAUAUAUUUAUUAUAUGACGAUUACUUAACAGAGAUCAGGGGGAAAUAAUGCCAAGCAAUGACAUUUCAGUCUCAGUCAACCCGAUUUGCGGACUAUUUCGUCGUAUGUGGCUUGGAUGUGAAGUCUGGCUUGGAACCAGAUCAACUGUCUGGUGAACAUUUGCAGUGUCCUCCUUUAGAUCGUCCUUAUAAGUCCAAGGUAUUGGAUCAUUAUCCUGAAUCAGUGCCAUGGAAUGCAUUCGACAAAGUAGCUGUUGGGAUGCUCAGUUUCCCAAGAGGUUUAUCCUUUUGUAUACAGAAAGCUGACAGACAGCCAGACUUUCAUUCGUUUAUCAUUACUAGGGAAGAUGGAACCAGAACAUAUGGGUCUGCAUUUAUUUAUUACGAGGAAGUUACAGAUGACAAAAUCUUGGCUGCCAUGCAGACAUUACAACACAUGUUCCUAGCAGAGGUUGAAACUGAUGUGUCAGACACUCUACAUAUUGAACAAGUAGGAGGGAAUCUUAGAUUUAGUCCUGGUACUACAAAGAAAAGGACAAUUGACGAUUUGAAAAUUUACAAAUCCAACAAGGAUAGACUGUAUGUGACAAAAUGUUUUUGUUUAAUUACUCAGCAACCAUUUGUUCAGCCGACUCAGCAGUUUUUACAACAGUUACAUAGUGCUGUAUUAAAUCCAACAGAAAUAGAGUUAUCAUUAGAAUCGUAUAUUUACAAUGUUUUAUAUGAAGUACCAUUACCUCCUCCAGGGCGCAGUAUGAAGUUUUAUGGUAUUAAGUCACCAAUAUUUUGUCAGCGUCCAAGUGUAAGUGAGCUGCCAUUGUUUGACUUCUGUCUGUCCCAGUUAUUUGAUUACCUUGACAUAAGAGAUAUCGUCCAGCUGUUUACAACAUUACUGUUAGAACACCAAGUCUUAUUGUAUUCUUCUGAUUACCAGAAGUUAAUGUUAGUAGCAGAAUGUAUGAUGACUUUGAUAUUCCCAUAUCAAUGGCAGCAUGUUUAUGUCCCUAUACUGCCAGCAUCACUCACACAUUUCUUAGAUGCCCCUGUACCGUUUGUAAUGGGUUUACACCAUGGUAAAGAGAGCAGAUCAGAACUCCAAUUACCUAGUGAAGCCAAUAUGUGUUUUGUUGAUAUUGAUGCUAGGACAGUUGAAGUUCCAGAAGAUUUGCCAAACUUCCCACACUCACAGGAAUUGAUUGGCGAACUCAUCAAAGUCAAAAACAAAUUUCGACAUGCCAACGAAAAAUCUGUAAACAUAACCACCCGAAAGUCUUUCUCAACUCUAGACAAUUUUGACAGUUCAUUGAAAGAAUCCAGAUUAAGUAACCAGAGUUGUCCAGAUCUUCAAAACAAGCUAGACAUUCUACAUCAAAGUGAAGCAUUCAAUAGAAUCUCUGAGCUUGCCAAGAAAACCGGGGUCUGGAACACUAUUGAUGAAUUCUCUGACAAAACAAAAGAAGUUUCUACUCAAAAUGAUGACAAUGAUGCAAGUUCUAUGAGUGAACAAGAAAUUACACAACUUAACUAUAACAACACUGUUAGAGAAAUCUUUCUGAAUCAUUUCUUACACAUAUUUAGUUCAUAUGACACAUUUGUUAUUUCCCCUAAUCAGGACAUGGAAUCAUGGUUAACAAAUCGGGAGUCCAUGCAGAACUUUGAUAAAGCGUCCUUUCUUAGUGAUCAACCUGAGGCUUACCUCCCCUUCUUAUCAUAUUUCACUGAGACACAGAUGUUUGCUACAUUCAUUGACAAUAAAAUUUUAUCUUUGUGGGAAGACCCAGAACCCAGUUUACGGAUCUUUGAUGGAAGAUUAAAACUGUUAAAGGAGCAGGUUGGAGAACAUGUGAGACAUACAUAUGCACCAUGUAAUACUAUUGAAGAUACAGAGAAUCUUUUGAAGAAGAGAGUGAUCUAUGUUGAUCACGUUUCCCCCAAACCUCACAGUCUGGAGGGAUUAACUGUAUCUACAACUAUAGAACCGGGAAACUUUCCACAGUUAAAUGAAAAAGUUCUCAACACAGAACCAGUUUUCAAGGCCAAAUCUAGAGAGGGUGCAAAAUGGAGAAAGAGGGACAGACAACUUCAACACUCUGAACAUCUUAAAAUGAAUCCUGAACAGAGAGAGGUUGUAGAAAAACAUGCUAAGCUCUGGCUAAAAUAUCUCCAGGAAGCACGAAGUAAAAGCAUGAGACAACCAAAGUUAUCCGAUAUGUCAGCUUCAGCCAUGAUACAGACUAACUGGAAAUUUGUAGAAACUUUACUGCAGGAGGGGAAAACAAAGACAAAGAGAAUGUUAGUAGAUAAGAUGGGACAUGAAGCUAUAGAAUUAGGCCAUGGUGAGGUCAACAUCACUGGUGUGGAGGAAAACACACUGAUAGCCAGUCUAUGUGAUCUGUUAGAGAGAAUCUGGUCACAUGGAUUGCAGUCCAAAAAGGGGAAGUCAGCUUUAUGGUCCCAUCUUACAAGUUUCCUAGAAUUAGAAGAAUGUAAACAAGGCAAUAGAUACUUGGAUCCUAAUUUGUUGUCUCCUGAAACAAAACCUAAGAAUGACCUAUCGACCUCUGUCAUGGAUUUAUAUAUGUCAAUUUGUAAUGUAGCAAAUUUAGCCUUGGAUGAUUUUCAUCUUAAACCAACAGAAAAGAAAGGUCACAAGAGAAAAGGAAGUUCUGGCAGGAUAGAGUUACCUACCCUUACACCACUACCUACUUCUAUAACACACGAUUUAAGGAAGGUUAUCCAGAUGUCGGACAUUCGUACAGAUGUUGGACAAGCCAGAGCUUUCGUAAGACUGUCUUUAGAAAAGAAGGUCCUAGCUACUCAUUUAAAGACUCUGCUGUCUGAUGCUGACCUACUCAGAACUUUAUACAAGAGAUACGCCUUCCUGAGAUGUGAAGAUGAAAGAGAACAGUUUAUAUACCAUCUUCUAUCAUUGAAUGCAGUGGAUUAUUUCUGUUAUACCAAUUCUUAUCCUAAAACUGUUGUGCCGUAUAAAGUAAUGAUUUAUCCGAGUCCAAAGUUUGGUUGUUCUACAACAAGUGCCAACCCCUGGGUGUGUAUAGCUGGACAGAUGGGCGAGACUGGACCUAUAGAGACGCCUAAAGGAUUUCUAGAGUUUAAUGUGGAGCACAAAAACUUGGGUGUAUUGACAACACUAAGGAUAGGUCAUGACAACAGUGGGAUUACACCAAGAUGGCUGGUAGAAUAUGUUCUGGUUAGGAAUGAAUUAACUGGUCAUACAUACAGGUUUAACUGUGGUAGAUGGUUAGGUAAAGGAGUUGACGAUGGAAGUACAGAAAGAUUACUGGUGGCUGAGUUAUUGUCACGUAAUAUGGAUAUAUAUGAUUUAGAUCUUGCUGUGCAUUACUCAUCUCCUCCUAGAUUGGGUUCUCCUAAGUCACCAAAGAGGAACACAGAACAAAGUUUGAAAAUUCCACAAAUUCAGGAGGCACUGGGCCAUGCUGUAAACAAUCUUGUUAAACAUUAUUAUAAACCAGAAAAAGAGAGAGGAAGUCUAACGUUUUUGCUGUGUGGUGAACGUGGACUGGUUAACUGUUUAGAACUGGUAUUUAAUUACGGCUUCAGAUCAUCAAGGUUGUUCCGUAAUAAAAUGUUUGUCUGGGAUUUCCUUGAGAAAGUGAAAUCCCAUGUAGAAUGUGUCAUGUCAGGCCAAGUGAGAAAGGCGACUAACAACAAUUUAUUUAAAUUCUGUGAUCUAAUUGAUACAAUCAAUGCCUCUGCAGAAACUAUUGGGAAAGAUGGAAAGUUUCAAGUGUUUGUCUGCGUAGGGAUAAGAGACCAUACAUUACAGAAACUGAUGCCAAUAAUUGCCAACACUCCAAUCACGGCACAGUUGUACGAGGAGUCAUCAUUCUUACGUAGUUCUAGUCAUAUAAACUAUCUAGUCCAUAUACUCAGCACAUUGGACGAGUUUACAAUCACGUUAGAGUCCUCAUUACUUAGAGGGAUAAACAUCUGAUAUUGAUACAUUGUUAAUUUGUUAAAAAUGUUGUGAUAAGAAUUGUGUUUGUGAAUGUAUAUAUCUGAAAAUCAAAUUUUUGUGACUUUUUUAUGUAAGAUACUAAAUAUAUUCAUAUGAUUCUAGGUGUUUUCAGGCACCUGGAUAUUUACUGCUUGCCAUUGGAGAUAAAGUAUAGCAUAAUCAAGACUGAUUUUCAUUUUUACCUUCAAUGCCCUUUUAAACAAGAAAAAUUAGAUAUUUUACAAUUCUUAUUUUAUUUAUAGUACUGUGAUAACUUAUGUUUAUAUAAAAGAUAUGUUACAAUGUGCUGGACAUGUUGGUUUUAUGAUACUGUAAACCAACUUAUUUUCGCGGAUAUUUUAUUUCGCGUUUUACCCUUUCUGCACCAAUUCAUGGCUAUUUAAUUUGCGAUUUUCUAAUAUUCUUGAAGAAGUUGAUAAGGAAAGAUCCGCGCUUUACACAUUCACGAUGAUUUAUAUUUGCUUUAUUCUUCUACUCGCGAAAGUCGCGAAAAUAAGUUGGUUUACAGUGUACCUCUGUCAUCUAAAAAAAAAAAGGCCAAAGUGUAGGAUUAAUGCAUAAUAUUUGGAUAAAUGAGAUCCUGAUUGAUAAGUAAUCUGAUUGGUUGUAUGUUAUGGUAUGAUAACUCUUCUAGGUCUUCCAAUGUUUUAGAGUAAAUGAGUAUAUUGGGUGAUACCACCAGUUUAUUAAAGCCCAUCUUGGUGGAGUUAUUAUUUAAUGAUAAUUAGUGCUGUGGAUAAUCUUUCCAUUUUAAUUCUUUCAACACUGCAAAUGUUAAAAUGUUAUCUUUUUGGUUGUAUUACUACGUAUGAUAUAAAGACAGUAUAAAACAUCGGUCACAGAAAGUUUUCAUAAGUAUUAAAUUGUGAGUUAUUAAUACAGGGUAGAAAUAAAAGAUGAGUAUAUUCAAUGUAUGUAUGUUAUGUAUAUUUUUUAUGUGUUGUGACUUUAGUUUUGGUGCAUAGGGAAAAUAUUGUGCUUGAUAGUCUUCAAAACCGUUUUAACAUUGUUUUCCAUGUAGCAGUUUAAUAUUUUGUGCUUAUUAACACCACACUGUUUCAAAAUUGUCGUUGAAUCUGGUCAAAGCUUAUAUAAAAUAUGUUUAUAUUUUACUUAUACAUAAUAACUCUUAUCACAACUCAUUUUCAGACUUAUAUUUUACCUCUAGUCUCAAAAGAAUUUUCUCACCACCAUUUUAUUUUACAGUCUAUAAGCUAUAGUGUAAAAUAUUAAUUUUAAGUCGGUCACUUGCACAUAAAACAAUUAAGAUGGAGGGCUUCUUUGUAAGCAAUUGUGCCAUUUAUUUCCUAGCUUAUUGUCACCUUGCAAUGAACCUUGAAAAUCAAUUACACUAGCUUUAGCAUACUUUAGCUUCUUGUUAAUGCUUUACCAUAAUUUUAGCCAAUAUAGCUUGGUGUGUAUUCAGCUUUCUCUUUUUUAAUUGAUUUAUUGAACACUUUUCAAUAUUAGUUUGUUGGAUUUGAAAUACUGUGUUUAAAACAUUUCUACAUCGUUACAUCACCUGCUUAGUAAAUAAGGGAUAAGUACAAUGAUAAAUUUGUUGGUUUGUUUAAUCCUUUAUCAAUCAAUGCAAGCAAAUUCUUCAAAAUUAAGGAUUGAAUUUUCACCAAAAUUUAAGAUAGCCUGAGUGCAUGUUAACUUUUUAUCCUGUCUACUGAAAUUUCAAACUAAAUAAAUUUUUUGGUGAUUUCCAAUAGCAAAAUUGAUUUAUCAUUUAGACAUACUAAUUGUUGAUGGUAUAUGUUUAUCAACAACUCUCACUCUUAUUGGGGUUAGAUAAACAUUUUAGAAAAUAUUCACUAACUAGUAAUGGCUAUUAGUUUUUCUAAUUUUAAUUUUAUUCUGAAUGAUUUUGGGUUUCCCAUAGUAAAAAAUAGACUCAAUUGUGUGCAUUCAAAUGGGAUAAGAGGAAGUUUGACUUUGUAAAUUCUAUUAACUUUUUCUAGCUUUUUCGUCAAGUUCUAGUACAGAUAAUUUCCAGCUUAUUUUAAAACAUUUUUUGACAAGUAAGAACAUAUUUUUAUUGCAAUACAUUUUGUUCAUUUUAUGAUAUGAUUGAAGAUGUUUAAAACUUGUAUAAAACAUUGUCAGUUGUCGGAAAGUUUAUCUAUUAAUAUUCAAAGGUCAAUUAGUACUAGACUUUAUUGUGUUCUAUAAGUGCAAUAAUUUCCACUCAUGUUCAGUUGAAGAAAAAAAGUAGUAGAUUUGCUGUCUGCAAAAGUAGAAAUUACCAUGUUUAUUCUCAUGACUAUACUCUUACAUAAAAAUUUUAAAUAAUUCACAUAUGUGUUAUUCGUGUGUAUGAAUGUGACAACAUUUAAAUUUUAAAAUAGUCUUGAUAACAGUAUUGUCUUUUAAUGGCAUAUGAAAUGAGUGAUGUUUUAUUCACACAAAGUAAAAUAGAUUAAUAAAAAAAGUUAUUUCAAUACACUACAUAAACAUUUCAAAAGAAAAAAUAGUGCAGAAUGAAGAAAAUAAAAAUUGACAGACUCAGUUUGAAUAUAUUAUUGUAAGUUCAAUUUUACCCCAAAUGAAAUAUAAAGUCUUCACAUAUAGUAACAUCUCCAUAGUUGUAAAUGAAAGCUUGAAAGUAUAUGCAUAUUUUUUUGUUUAAUUUAGUAGUAAUUUAAACAUUUGUGAAUGAGAAUGUCAGAUUUUUCCUGUCAAUGAUGUUAUUGUUAUUUUUAUCAGUAUAGAAAAUUGUUUGUGCCAAAUUUGACUUUGUAAAUUUUAAUAUUGUACUUCGUUUUUUUAUAUCCAUAAAUAUAUAAUGGUAUAUAACUUUACAUUUCCACAACAGUUAGGGAAAAAAUUACACUUUCUGUAUUAUAACACUUAUAGUUACUGGAACCUAACCUUAUUACUGUGAAGUAUUAGACGUAUUUGAAAAGAUCUGGUUUUGGUCCAAGGAAAUGAAGAUGUUGACAACUUUUCAAACUUGGAUAUAAUGUACUGAAAUGUAUUAGUUCAAGAAAUAUAAAUUUACUACACAAGAUUUUUUUAUGUUAUGGCAUUUUUACUUAUGUACUGUCAAAUAUUUGCAUUUGUAAGAGGAAACUAAACUCCUAUAGAUGUGUAACCUAUCCUCCUUUACCCAGAAAUAAAAUCAAUACUUCAUCAAUUUAUUUGGUGUAGUAAAGUAAGAUACAAAUCCAAGUUUUUCCAGUCACAAGGAUUUAUUUUGGCAAAAGUCUCAAAAAAUAAAUCAAUAGCAAAAAUAAGUUGGUUUACAGUAUGUACUGUCAAAUAUUUGCAUUUGUAAGAGGAAACUAUACUCCUAUAUCUGUGUAACCUAUCCUCCUUUACCCAGAAAUAAAAUCAAUACUUCAUCAAUGAUUCUGUAGUAAAAGUUCACUUGUAGGUGUAAGGACAAAAGGAAGAUAUUUCAUACUGAUAUGAGGAUAACAGUUCUUUUUCCAAGAAUAUAUUUCCUGAAUAUUUUAUUUUAUUUUAUUCUUUUACAUGACAUUUUCAUAACUGCUCAAUUUUGUUGAUUGUUUGUUUAUACCUUUGUUGUAUUUUAUAAACAGAUUAUUUAGAUUUUCAUAUUCUAGUUAUAAUUGUUCAUAAUUUUACUGCAGACAAAUACAACAGUGUAAAAUUGUCUGUAGGCAAACAAUUGUAAAAAAAAGUCCGAUAAUUUAUUUGGCUUUGCUUCAAAAUGGCACAUCCACACAGAUGCAAUAUUUUUACAUCUUUUUAGCCAAUAAAUCCCUACAAAUAUUUUUGCCUAUCGUUUUAAAGAAAUGAGGUUGUAUGAAGUAAAAUAACAAAAUACUAGUUUCUUAAAAUCUAGGUAUCUUUGUUUUCAGUACUACAAUUUAUUGGAUUUGUUUACAGGACACACAUGAAUGACAAUGUAUACCUUCCUGGUUGAAUUAAAAUCAAAAU